AUGGUGUCUGUGAACAAAGUAUCCGAAAUCUCGGAGGUGACCGUGGAGCCAUCUGGCUCCGACAUUAUGGUGUACGAUAAAGAGACUAGAAACGAACGGUUCAAGAAGAAGAAGUCCCUCAGUGACAUCUUCACCAUCAUUUGUGCCGGUGCCGCUUUGCUUUCGGACGGAUACCAGAACAACUGUAUGAACAUGUUGAACUCCGUUUUUGCUGUUGAGUACAAGAAAGAGUACGAUACCACCAUGAAGACGCGUGUGUCCAAUGCUUUGCUUGUUGGUGCAGUCAUUGGUCAAGUUGUGGUUGGUUUGACCGGUGACUACUUGGGAAGAAAAUGGGCCAUUCUGGCUACCACCUCGAUGAUCGUGGUGGGAUCAAUCCUUGCUACUGCCGCACACGGAAAGACUAUUGACGGCAUGUUUUGGAUGUUGAUUGUUGCCAGAGGUUUGACUGGUUUCGGAGUUGGAGGUGAAUACCCGGCCAGUUCUACAGCUGCGUCCGAAUCUGCCAAUGAAGCUUCCAAAAAAAGAGGAGGGGUUUUCGUGCUAGUUACCAACCUUCCUCUGUCGCUUGGAGGUCCGUUCGCCCUGAUUGUGUUCCUGAUUGUGUAUCGUGCCAGUGGUAGCGGUGCCCAUCUAUCAACUACAUGGAGAGUCAUGCUGGGUAUUGGCUGUAUUUGGCCGCUCGCCGUUUUCUACUUCAGAUUCAAGAUGGCUACCUCCGUGCUCUACAAGAAAGGAGCUAUCAGGAAGAACGUUCCAUACUGGCUCACUUUCAAAUUCUACUGGAUUAGACUGAUUGGAACGUGCGGUUGUUGGUUCAUCUACGAUUUCGUCACCUUCCCUAAUGGUAUCUUCUCCUCCACCAUCAUCUCGUCUGUGUUGUCCGACACCAAGGACCUCGAAAAGGUUGCCGAAUGGAACUUGCUUCUGGCUAUCAUCCCAAUUCCAAUGCUGCUCGUGGGAGCUUGGCUCACCGACAAGAUUGGAAGAAAGUAUACCAUGUGCAUUGGUUUCAGUGGAUACCUUGUGAUUGGUCUCAUCAUUGGAUGUGCGUACAAGAAAAUCUCCAAGAUUGUGCCGUUGUUUAUCAUUUUCUACGGUAUCUUCAACGGCUUCGGUAACCUUGGUCCAGGUAACAUUUUGGGACUCGCUUCUGCCGAGAGUUAUGCUACCCCAGUGCGUUCGACUCUGUACGGACUCUCUGCCGCUGUUGGUAAGGCAGGUGCCGCCGUCGGAACCCAAGCUUUUACUCCUAUCCAGAAGAACCUUGGUAAACCAUGGACUUUCAUCAUUGCUGCUCUUCUGGGUUUGACCGGUGUGAUCAUUGCAUUCAUCUGCAUCCCUCACAUCAGAGAAGAUGAUCUCAUGCUUGAGGACAUAAGAUACUUUACCUAUUUGAGAAAGCACGGCUGGACGGGCGACUUUGGUGCAGAGGGCGAGAUCGACGCUUACGAGAAAGGAAAGUUUUCUGAUGAGACUAUUGAGAAUGUUUCUGAGUCUAGCUAA